CUAACUGUUUCUAAAGUCCAUAUCCGUGAAUAAAAUUUAAAUCCUUCCUUGCGUUGCACUAAAUGUUUAGUAAAUUUAAAUAUAGAAAGGAAAAUCAAAUUGUUACAGCCUUUCGCCACAAUAUAGUGCUCAAAUAUGGUACCACUGCCGAAUUGCCAUUUAGGUUGUAUAACGCGCAGGCGUCAUUGAAAUAAAAUUCCAUUCAAUGACAACCAAUCAGCAAAAUUUCACAUCACAGAGGAAAGUAUAUGUUUUUGCAAAAAUUCAAUUGCUAUGCUGCAUCAUCAAUUUUGGAUAACGAAAAAAACGGUGCAACGUAAACUCGGCACCAAAGAAGAUGAACACAUUAUUUCAUCAGAUGCAGAUCUCGAUGCGAAAAUUGAAGUGUACAAGUCGAUAGCAAGUACGAGUUUUGAAUUGGGAAAAAUCAUUGACCAGCUGCAAGAAAGAUUAUGCAUUCUAUCACAAGAGGAAUGCGUAUUCGGAAGAUUUCUCAAAGAGGUCGGUAAACGUAGUAAGACAACGGGGCAGAGUAUAACGAAUACGGGCAAAGCAGUUUCGUACAGUGGGCAACAGCGUAUGUGUGUGCGAGUACCACUGCUGAGACUACAUCAUGAGGUCGAAGUAUUUCGCAGUAGAGCAGUACGCGAUACACAGGCAACAUUACAAAUUAUGGAAAAAGAGCGCACUGAAUAUCGCGCUGCUCUAUCGUGGAUGAAAGCGGCCAGUACCGAAUUGGAUCCGGAUACUGGGAAGGGUCUUGAUAAGUUUCGCACAGCUCAAACUCAUGUGCGCACAGCUAAACGUAAUUUCGAUAGUCUUUCUAUGGAUUCUAUACAAAAAAUUGAUUUGUUGGCGGCAGCGCGUUGCAAUAUGUAUUCACACGCACUGGUUUCGUAUAUGAGCGAAUUGAAGGAGUUCGCACAAAAAACGGCAAGCACAUUUGAAACAAUAUCAAGGUCUUUGUUACAAAAGCCAAAAUAUGAUUUUUGUGUGCUCAAAGAAUUGACUCAAAAUGAGGGUAGCAGCGAGGAGGAUGGCAAAAUUGAUGAAAUCGUUGCAUUGGAUAAGGAUCAGUCAUUUUUCUUUGAAAGCGAAUAUAGCGAUCAGCAAGAGUUUAAAAAGGAAACACAUGAAGACAAACCAGAUACAUUGGGUACAGCUGCGAUGAACGAUAAUACGCUCAUUGAACUGAUAGAAAAUUCGAAUGACGAGCUUAUAAUACCAACCGAGAUAUCUGACCAAAGCAAUCCGGUUAUAGAACAAAGUAUUUGGUCAGGUCUUUGGCCACUUGGCCAUUCUUCAAAUCAAAGUAAUAAUAAUAUUAAAACAAAAGCGAAUGAAAAAAAUAAAUCAGAAUUAACGGUUGAAAAUGUGGCCACAAGCGAAAAUGCAAUCGCUGAGUCUGCUAACAAAACAACGAAGUCAACAAAUUGGAUGGAUUUGUUUGCGGAAUUAGAUCCUUUAGCUAAUCCAGAGGCAUUCGAUUUGAAACUUAGUGGCGGUCGAUUAAAUGCGCAACAGACUUAAUUUUUUUAGGAAAAUUAUUUUCCAUGACCUUUACAAAUAUACACACAAUGUAUAUUUGUACUAGAAUUCGGGUUUUUAUAAAUGAAGAAAAAAAGAAAUCAUUUUAAAUAUUCAACUUGUUUUGUGCUGCAUUUCUCACUUAUCUCUGAAAAGUGUAUAUUAUAAUUGUAUUUGUAUUUAUUUCAGAAAAUUUCGCACCCUAACAUUUAUUUUAGCGUAUAAAUAAGUCUUAAUGAGCUGAAAAAAAAUAAGCAAAUUAAAUCACUAAUUGUUGUGGUCUGUCAGUAAGCAGUUUUAUUUUAUUGUAAACGACAUUAAAACACUUUACCAUUAACAAGCGUUUGAGUAGUCGCUGUUAAAGUGAAAGUGUAAUGCGCCACUAAUUACAAUA